UCCAAUAUUGAAUUGCUGUGUAAGCAUUUAUAUUGCUUGUUACGCCUUUUGCUGAGCUCUUCUUUGCGUUUAAUUUUAGCUACAUAGAUCUAGCUAAAUCUACAUGCAGACACAAAUCAGGCUACACUCUAUCUACUGAUAGCUAUACUGAGAAUCGAGUCUGAGAAGGAGGUUCACAAGAGAGCAAUGAGUGACAAUGGGUACCAAGAGUACACUGGGGACCGACACACACUACCCAGGGCAAAUCCUGUAGCAAUGCCUAGAGUGGUAGAGGAGCUGAAUAUGAUAUGGCAAAACCAGAAUGGUGGUGACCACACAUCUUCCCCAAUGAGGGGCAGGUGUGCUUCUCAAUCUGCUUCAGCUACUACUACUGGUACUGAAAGAUUGCUCGGGACAAGUGUACCAAAUUUAAAGUCACCGUUACAGCAGAUGACAGGAUCAGACAGAGUGGAAGUGGAAGCUGGAAUCAAACCAUCAAUGUUCGGUGGUACACUACGUCGCAAAAAACCUCCGGUGGCUAGACCUCCGCAAGAGAAAAAGACUGAGCAAGAAACUUCAGGAGCUGACACUGAACUCGCGAAAAUUUUGAACCGGAGAAGGAGAAAAAAUGGUGAAGUUUCAUCAGUUCAAAAUGUGGAGACACUUGACAAAGAUGUCACCAAUGCAGUACCUAUUCCCCAACAAGUGGGUGCAAUGGUGCAGGCUCCCGACAGUAAACCACCACCGACAGAUGCAAAUCCUAAAACUUCAGUUAUACCGCCUCCUGACAGUGAACCACCACCAACAGAUGAAGAUCCUAAAACGUCAGCUGUACCCAGGCCCUCCCCUCCUCCUGUAUUGGCUUCAGCUAUACCCAGACCCUCCCCUCCUCCUGUAUUGGCUUCAGCUAUACCCAGACCUUCCCCUCCUCCUGUAUUGGCUUCAGCUAUACCCAGACCCUCCCCUCCUCCUGUAGCAUUGAGACGGGUAAAUUCAGUGAAAAUUAGGCGUGAAAAAUCAGAGAACAGCAGAACAGAAGAACGGCGUAGAUCAUUCCUACACCAUGAUCAUCACGAGACUAAAGAGGUGGAGCGUAAACCAUUGAGUGCACUACCGAAAAUUGAGAAGCCUCGCGAGAAUCCUGUACCACCUCAGGAAGCCCUAAAAUCACAACCAAUAUUAAUUAGUGGUAACCAAAGCAAGCAAGCUAUCACUGAUGCUGGGUCCACUAUAGCAGGGACACAAGCAAUCAAACCAACGGAACAAGGAUUCCAACUUCAUCAAAAAUUUUCUGCUAACCCGUUCACAAGUAAUGUUCCUGAACCCACGAUAAGUAGCACAGCAACCCGAUUGCUGCAUGAUGAAAAAGUCCUUUGUGUUGCUCAUGAACAGAAUCAUACCAGGGUUGAUCCUCAAGCUGCUAGGGGAGGAACAAUAGAGACAAAAGUUGAGGCUUUUAAAGCUCAUGAAAAACCAGGAGCAAUUCAGAAUCAGAGAGAGGGUUUAAACAUUGGGGAGCUACCCAAUCAUGAUGAAGAAAAACAGGACAAUACUGACCAAACAGUGAGGCGUCUUCAAGAUGGGCACACAAGGAUGGAGGGUGAAUUGAAGUUACAGCAUGAGGAAACACGUCGUUUGGAACAGAAUUAUAAGAGACAAAUUGAUAGUAUUCAUCAAGAAAUGCAAGAAGAGAGAAAGCAAUUUCAAGAUGAGCAGACACGAAUGAAGGGUGAACUGAACUUACAACAAGAAGAAAAGUGUCGUUUGGAAUUGAAUUAUAAGAGACAAAUCGGUAAUCUUCAGGAAGAAAUGCAAAGAGAUAGGACACAGCUUCGAGAUGAACACACGAGGAUGGUAGGAGAAAUGAAAACACAGCAUCAGGACGAAUUACAUCGUUUAGAACACCAGGUACACACGACACAGAAUUCAGUUCAAAGAAAUGGCAGAGAUGCUGAAAUUAAAGACUUGAGGUCGAGACUUGAAGCAGCUCACGAGCACGUGGCCAAGCAAAAUGACACCAUUGUUCAGAUGACUUUUGACUACGAGGCGCUUCAGAUUCAGAUAGAAGAAGUGAACUCUCAGGAGAUAGUUAAAGAUCUUGAGGGAAAAGUUGAACACUAUCAAAUUCAAGUCAGUCAAUAUGAGAACGACUUCAAUGAAGAGCGAGCCGCUCGAGAGAGAGCUGUAGGCGAACAAGCAAGUGAAAAAAGGAGGCACCAGUUUGAAAUGCAAGUGCUUGAAGACAACCUCAAAGAAGCUGUGGAAUCAGAGAGAACACUUAAGCAGCAUGCAACAACAGAGCUCGAUGAAUUGAGGAGAAAACAGGCUGGAUUGGAGAAAGAGUUCAACAAAGCAUUGGCUAUCCAAACAUCACAACUGGAUGCAGCUCGGGCAGAGAAGGCACGUCUGCUUACAACAUCCGAUCAGACUUGGUUGGAUCAUCAGAGAGAGCUAGACGAGAUACGUCAACAAAACGAUGGUUUGAAUCAUACAGUCAAGAAGUAUGAAGCUGACAUUCAACAGCUGCUCUCUGAUAACGAGCGCACCCGUGAACUGGACAGAAAAAUCGGUGAAUACAAUAUUAUUGUACAAGCCCUGAAAACUAACCUUCAACGUCAGAAAGAUCAGAACCAAAAUCUCACCACAACAAAUCAGGAGCUAAAUGUUAUCCUUCAGCAACGGGAUCACAAAAUCCAACAGCUAGAGGUCUGUUUGAGUAACAAGGAUGAGUUGUCUCCCUACAUUCUACACCAAAUCCCAGAUCUUGGAGAGUGUAAAGGGGCGGGUUCGUACGGAUCUGUCCACAGUAUCCAGCUCAAUGGGAUUAGUUGUAUUGCCAAACGAAUUCACGACAUAUUGCUUGGUCAAGGUAAAGAAGAAAGGGUGAGCUUGGAAGACAAACGAGCUGCCUACCAGAAGUUCUAUACCGAGUGUGUGUUACUGAGUCGAAUGCGUCACCCCAACAUUGUCCAGUUCAUGGGUGUGCACUACGGGCCACAGAGAGACUACGGGAAAGAGCUCACACUAGUUAUGGAGCGCCUGUACAUGAAUCUCGAGGAUUGCUUAAAGCAGUAUAAAAAUGUAGAAAUGUGGCUAAGGGUGUCAAUUCUUCUAGACAUCUCCCAAGGUUUGCUCCACCUUCAUUCUCAAGGCAUCAUUCACCGAGAUUUGACAGCUGCCAACGUUCUCCUCACUACGAGCUUCCAUGCUAAAAUUGCUGACCUUGGUGUGUCAAGAAUCAUCAAUGUCCACCCUCUGGCUGCCUCUAAGCAGUCAAUGAUUCCUGGGGCCCUUGGAUAUAUGCCCCCUGAGGUACUUGCUGAGAGACCUGAGUAUGGCUCUGCUUUGGACAUUUUCUCUUUUGGUGUGCUAAUUCUGUUCGUCCUUCUUCAAGUGUUUCCACAAUAUUUUGACAAUCUUGUUACUCCAGACGGAUUGAUUCGCAAGGAAUCUCAUAUUCAAAAACGUUCGAAAUGGAUCAACAAGUUAUCAUUCGAAAAUCCCUUUCGCCAACUAAUUUGUGACUGCCUUCAAGAUGAUCCUGCACGAAGACCUGCCACUAACAAUCUCAAUUCUAGUCUCAUUCAAAUUGCCAAGACGUACCCCAAACCUUACCAAGAUAUUAUCAAUAUGCGAACACAUUUGGCUCAGCCACAACAAGGUUUCCCCCGCUACUCUUGAUAACUCUCUCUCUGCCAUAUAUAUAUAGGGAAAACCAUAAGUCAGUUAUAGCAUUAACUUAUAAUAUAGGGUUUGACUCUGCUGUUUUCUAUAAGUAUCGGCGAGCUUUUACAACUUCGAUAUUUAAUCCUGUAUCUUAUGAUUAAUCUGAACGACGGCACACAUUUCUUCAUUACCUGCAUAUUUAUGUUUUGA